CGUCAAAACAAAGCGGGGGCGAGCCAGUGAGCGAGCGAGCGGCUGCGCGUGCCUCAUGAAUGAGUCCCCCUCCAAAACACCAAAGCACAGCAGGUCGGACCCUUCAUCCGCCUGCACCCUGAUGCCCGUGUGGGUGCGCAGACCGGCGGGGAACAGUGGAGGAGCCUGCCGCUGAGCCCGGACAGUAAACACUUGGUGUUAGUGCUACAUGACCGUUUCAUCCCGUCGGGAACAACACGACAGGAUAAAGGCACGAUGCUUGAUGGACUCAGGCGGAGGCACGCCUCCCGGCCCUCCUCACGACCCCUGUCGCUCAACUUCAGCACCUUCUCUGCCCCUCCCCCGAGCCCAGACAUGGAAAGCAGCAGUGAGCAUCCAAUCAGGAGGACUCUGCACCGGCUGAAGUUGAUGAGCUCUCCCAGCCUCAGCGAGCUGGGGAAAAGCGAGAAAAGUUCACCAGAGGACAGAGGAGAGAAGCAGAAGAGGGCAGGAGCCAACGCCACCUGGAACAGCAUCCACAACGCUGUCAUCGCAGUCUUCCAGAAGAAGGGUUUGGCAGAUAAUGAACUCUACGUCCUCAACGAAGGUGUCCGGCAUCUGUUAAAGACUGAGCUGGGGUUUUUCUUCACAGAAUAUCUUCAGAACCAGUUGCUUACAAAAGGCAUGGUCAUUCUUCGAGAUAAAAUAAGGUUCUACGAAGGUCAGAAGUUACUCGACUCUCUGGCAGAGACCUGGGACUUCUUCUUCUGUGAUGUUCUCUCGAUGCUGCAGGCAAUCUUCCAUCCGGUUCAGGGUAAGGAGCCCUCUGUGCGACAGCUGGCUCUGCUUUACUUCAGAAACACCAUAGUUCUGAGCGUAAAGUUAGAGGACGCCCUGUCUCGACCUCGUGCCCGCGUGCCCCCGUCUGUUACACAGAUGCUGCUUAUUCUACAGGGGGUCCAUGAGUCACGAGGUGUUAAUGAGGACUACCUGAGGCUCGAGUCCCUGAUUCAGAAGGUGGUCUCCCCCUACCUGGGCACACACGGGCUUUACUCAGGGGAUGGUGCUGAGGACCAUUGCUGUGUUUUGGAGAAGCGUUUGCCGUGGGGCUGGUCCAAGUCUACGGAUCAACCGUCUAAAAACCCUGUGGUACGAUCGAAAAGCUACAAUAUCCCUCUGCUGCUGACCCCUGUGGCUGAAUAUGACCCAGAUGCCAGCUCUGUUGGCAGUGGGGGAAUUCGGCGCCACUCGGCCUGUGAAAUUAUAACAUGCCUGGAGGAACAAGGACUGGCCUACGCUGACUUGGCCUCAUCUGAACUGUCUGGCCCCGCCUCAAACAGGCUGUGUGUGGGCUCUCAGUUCAAUGGUAUUGUACAAGCGGGAGCGAGUGCCAUGGACUUGCCUCUUUCGUCUCCCUGUAUCCUUCCACUUCAUUCCUCAGGAGCUCUGCACGGCACUGAGGCUACAACAACAAUGACUGAUCUAAGUAAGGGUGCAUCCUCCACGCCGCCCAGUGAAUCAUCCAGCCCUGAAACCAUUAUUGGACAAGUGCUAGAGUCGGCAGACUCCGACUCAGAUGGGAUAUUUAUUGAUUUCCCACCUCACUCCUCAGAGGCUAUGGGGUACUGCCGCGAGAGCAGGCAAAGCACUGUGUAGCUGUGGUUGCCUCUAGGAACACACACACACACACACACCUUUUCAAAGUGUACGUUGAAAAUAUGUGGGACAGAUUUAAGAUCAAACUACAUUUCAUUAAGAUGGUACCAUCUUCCUUUGUUACGAAUCAAUUCCAACUGCUUUCACUGGUGAGUAAAAACCUCACGACUUUAACAUGUCUAUUUUAUUUUGAAGACACGGUAGCUGUGACUUUAUCCAAGCUUUUUAUCUUGAGCUUUCAACUAGUUUCAUAAACCCAAAUAAAUCAGAUUAAGGCAGAAGUCUGGUGAUAUUCUAUAUUUUUCUUAUAGAGAACAAAUUCCAUGAAAAGAUCAAAGUCAAUGAUCAAUUGAUCCCUGUAAGUUAGCUUCUGUAGCCAAAGCCUGAUUUAUUUUCAUCUACUGCCAAAGACCUCAAUUUUGUCCAAAAACUACUAAAACACAUUAAUGAGCCACAUAGUUGCACUAACAUGUUUCUUCUUUUGGAUGAACAUGGGCACUGUAGUUUAUUUUUGACUCAAUCCCACAUACACAUUGCUUGUACUGUAAAUACUCAAUAGAUCAACAAAUGUAUAUUAAUCUGUGGCUGGAUAUAGUCCCCAGCAAAUGCAAUAUUUACUCCUCUUUAAGUAACUUAUGUUAAAAACUACGGUGCUCAGCUCUUUAAUGGACUUAUUUAUCUUGCAUUUUCAACUAGAUUAUUGUGACCCAUUUUAAAGAUGUAUAUCUUUAGUGUAAACAAAUGGGUUUGGAGCUGACACAUGCUGGGGAAGUCAGAAAGUAUUGAGAGAUGGAGUAACACAUUGAUGUUUUUGGUCUUUUCAUGAGAUUUGUUGACAAUAUCAAAAAUAUACACUAUACAUGAUAUUAACCCCUUCUUUCAACUGGGGUUAAAAUCCCCAAAACUGGAGUGAUGAGGUUUUCAAACAGCGUUAGUUUCAUACCUCUACUGGAAAUGGCUACGGAAGAAAUGGCUCUUAAACCCACCUUUUCAUGGAAAAGUGACAGAAAGUUCACCUAUUUAUCAUGGAUUUUUUUGUAUUUGUGUAUUUUGAAUCUUGCAACUGUUUACGCUUCGUUGUCUGCCCUUUUGGCAGUAACACAGUUAUGAGGUCUUCUGCUCUCUCUUUUGUACGACAUCUUAUGAAAAUGUGGACUGUUGAAUUGUUUUCAUUGUCAGCGGCGGCUAUAGAGGUCUAAUGCAAACUUUACUUCUUAGAGCAAACUUCAGUGUGACAGCCUUUGCUUUUCUGUAUUAGCUCUGUACAGCAGGACUUUAAGGAAUGACAAUGUUUAUUGUUUACAUUUGAUAAAGACAUGAACAUUUUGACUGAA